UUUCCCUUUAGGUAUACACUGGAUAAUAAUGUUUUAAGCCUGGAACAGAGAAAAUUUUAUGAAGAAAAUGGGUUUCUCGUCAUCAAAAAUCUGGUAUCUGACGCUGAUAUUCAACGUUUUAGGGAUGAGUUUGAAAAAAUCUGCAGAAAGGAAGUGAAACCAUUAGGAUUGAGAAUCAUGAGAGACGUGACCAUAGUGAAGUCAGAAUACACUCAGAGUGAGAAGAUGGUUUCCAAGGUCCAGGACUUCCAGGAAGAUGAGGAACUCUUCAGAUACUGCACGCUGCCCCAGAUUCUGAAAUAUGUGGAGUGCUUCACUGGACCCAAUAUUAUGGCCAUGCACACAAUGCUGAUUAACAAGCCCCCGGAUUCUGGCAAGAAGACGUCCCGGCAUCCCCUGCACCAGGACCUGCACUACUUCCCCUUCAGACCCAGCAAUCAGAUCGUUUGUGCUUGGACGGCCAUGGAGCACAUCGACCGGAACAACGGCUGUCUGGUUGUGCUCCCAGGAACCCACAAGGGUCCCCUGAAGCCUCACGAUUACCCCCAGUGGGAGGGGGGAGUUAACAUCAUGUUUCAUGGCAUCCGAGACUACGAGAAGAACAAUGCCCGAGUGCACCUUGUGAUGGAGAAGGGAGACACCGUCUUCUUUCACCCUCUGCUCAUUCAUGGGUCUGGUCGGAACAAAACUCAAGGGUUCCGGAAGGCCAUUUCCUGCCAUUUCGCCAGUGCCGACUGCCACUACAUUGAUGUGAAGGGUACAAGUCAGGAAAACAUCGAGAAGGAAUUUAAUGAAAUAGCAAACAAAGUCUAUGGUAUGGACAGCGACAUCGACAUGAAGGACAUUUGGAACCUUCGCGCUCGACUUGUGAAAGGAGAAAGAACCAACCUUUGAAGGAGCCAUUGGCUAUAACUCUUUUUAAAGGAAACCAAAACAAAACAAGGGGUCUAAGGAAAAUGUUUUCUUAAUGAGCUGAUGUAACCUUUUCUAUCACUUGUUGACAAAAUCAGAACACUUGUGUCGGGUUCUUAAUUAUACACAGUUAAUUUUGCAGUGCACUUGUAUUGCUUUAAUGAAAAUAAACACAGUAAAAGUGAAAUAUUGCUGUCUUAAGGAAAACGAAUUUAGGACUAGUUAAUAAAGGUGAUUGGUGUAUAAGUUAA